AUGAGCCUCCCUUGUAAAAUUUUAGCCAGCUUCCUUCUGAUUUUCAACUUUUCUGCCAAAGGUGCUGUCGCCGAAAAGGUUAUAGUCGUCUGGGGUGCCUUGGAUCAGGACGUCAACUUGAACAUUCCUAAUUUUCAAAUGAGUGACAAUAUUGAUGAUAUACGAUGGGACACAGAACCAAACAAGACCAAGGUUGCACAGUUCAAAACAAGCAAGGGAACUUACCACCUAAAUAAGACAUAUGAGUUAUUAGCAAAUGGAACUCUGAAAAUUAAACAUCUGGACAGAAAUUAUAACAAUAACUACAAGGUAUCAAUAUAUAAUAAAGAAGGAAGAAACGUAUUGGAAAAAACAUUCGAUUUGAGGAUUCUAGAGAUGGUCUCGAAACCAAAUAUCUCCUGGAAUUGCGUCAACAAAACCCUGACCUGUAAGGUAGUGAAAGGAACUGACCUUGAAUUAAAUCUGUAUCAAAGCGGGAAACACAUUGGCAAAGGUCAUCAGAAGGUCAUCACAAAGAAGUGGACCAGCAACCUGAAGAUGACAUUCAAGUGCACAGCAAGUAACAACGUCAGUGAAGAAUUCAGUGUGGUGACUAUCAACUGUUCAGCGAAAGGUCUGGAUGUCUACCUCAUCACUGGCAUUUCUGGAGGAGGCAUCCUUCUGAUGGUCUUUGUGGCGCUGCUCAUUUUCUACAUCAGCAAGCGGAAAAAGCGGAACAGCAGGAGAAAUGGUACUCCCCUCUUCUGUCCCCCUGCAGGCCACAGGAAAAUCCCCGUGGAAACAUCUAUGGGGGUGACACCUUGA